GCCAUUUUUAUAGCUGCAGAGUGAUUACAUGUUUGUAGUUUGGGGAUCUUAGCAACUUUUUCCAAACCCUCUCCGCUCUCUAUUUCCCUGGCUCAUUUUUUCUCAUUAUCAAACAGCAUACUUUCCCUUGACUUUUUUUUUCUUUCAGUGUGACGUGAGAGUGAAGCGAGGAGGAAGAAGGACUUGGAGAAAGAGACCGAGGCUGAGAGAAAGUGACUGAGGGGAUCGAAGUCAAGUUGACGAAUUGCAUUGCCCAUGGGCAAAGGUGGAGGAGAACCUGCAGCUGAGAAAUCUGUUUGACACGGGAGGAGGAGCACCAGCCUGAAGGGGAACCACCAGUUCAGCCUUCUUCCAACAACAACAGGACAGGAUGAGGUACCAAGGCAGGGAGGUGGAUAUUGAAGGCAGAGUGCGCCUGGUGAUGGAGAGUGCUCUGACUGCCCGGGACAGGGUCGGGGUGCAGGACUUUGUCUUGCUGGAGAACUACAAUAGUGAGGCAGCCUUCAUAGAGAACCUUCGGCGACGCUUCAGAGAAAACCUCAUCUAUACAUAUAUUGGCUCAGUGUUGGUGUCAGUGAACCCUUACAAAGAGUUGGAGAUUUACUCCAAGCAGCAGAUGGAACGUUACAGAGGGGUCAGCUUCUAUGAAAUAUCGCCUCACAUCUACGCACUGUCAGACAACACUUACCGGGCUAUGCGGACCGAGAGAAAGGACCAGUGUAUUCUCAUAUCAGGUGAGAGUGGAGCAGGUAAAACAGAGGCCUCCAAGAAGAUCCUCCUCUACUAUGCUGUCACCUGCCCCACUAAUGAUCACAUGGCUAUCCUUGGUGACCGCCUGCUGCAAUCUAACCCUGUUCUGGAGGCAUUUGGCAACGCCAAAACACUUAGGAAUGACAACUCCAGUCGCUUUGGGAAAUACAUGGACGUCCAGUUUGACUUCAGGGGGACACCAGUGGGCGGUCACAUCCUGAACUACCUGCUGGAGAAAUCACGCGUGGUCCACCAGAACCAUGGUGAAAGAAACUUCCACAUCUUCUAUCAGCUUCUGGACGGAGGGGAUGAUGACCUGCUCAUCACACUGGACCUGGAAAGAAACCCUCAGAAUUACCGUUAUCUGGUCAAGGGCAAUUGUCCCAGAGUCAGUUCCAUUAGUGACAAGAAUAAUUGGAAAGUUGUGAUGAAGGCCCUGCCUGUUAUUGGCUUCACAGAGGAAGAAGUGCAGAAAUUGCUGAAUAUCAUCGCCAGUGUUCUCCAUCUGGGAAACACUCAGUUUGGGGAAGGGGAGGAAGGAGACACUUAUAUCACCACUGAGACCCAGACAUCAAAUCUUGCGAAGCUGCUGGGUGUUGAUGGCUCAGCCCUCAGGGAGGCACUCACUCACAAGAAACUCACUGCCAAAGGAGAGGAGAUGAUCAGCCCACUAAACUAUGAGCAGGCAGUGUCUGCCCGUGAUGCCUUAGCCAAGGCCGUGUAUGGUCGGACUUUUACUUGGUUGGUGGAGAAGAUCAACCAGUCUCUGGCUCUGAAGGAAGAAAUCUACCACAGCAGCAAAGACUCCUCGGUUAUAGGGCUUCUAGAUAUCUACGGCUUUGAGGUCCUACAGCAGAAUAGUUUUGAGCAGUUCUGCAUCAACUAUUGCAAUGAGAAGCUCCAGCAGCUGUUUAUUGAACUCACCCUCCGAUCUGAGCAGGAGGAGUAUGAGACAGAGGGCAUCGCAUGGGAGACAGUGCAGUACUUUGAUAACAAGAUCAUUUGUGACCUGAUAGAGGAGAAGCACAAAGGCAUCAUUUCCAUCCUGGAUGAGGAGUGUCUAAGACCUGGGGAGACUUGUGAUGUCUCCUUCUUGGAGAAAUUGGAGGACACAGUGGGCAGCCAUCCCCAUUUCAUUACGCACAAGUUGGCGAAUGGAAAAACUCGCAGGGUAGUGAGUAGGGAGGAGUUCAGGCUGCUACAUUAUGCAGGAGAGGUCAACUACAAUGUCAAUGGUUUCCUGGACAAGAACAAUGAUUUGCUGAACAGAAACCUGAAAGAGGUCAUGUGCCAGUCAGACAACCAGAUCCUAAGUCACUGCUUCCGCAGAGAGGAAGUGAUAGACCAGAAACGACCAGAGAUGGCUGCAACUCAGUUUAAAAACAGCCUGAUGAAACUUAUGGAGAUCCUCAUGUCUAAGGAGCCAUCUUACGUGCGCUGUAUCAAACCAAAUGAUGCCAAGCAACCAGGACGGUUUGAUGAAGUUCUGGUCAGACACCAGGUGAAGUACCUGGGCCUUAUGGAAAACCUAAGGGUCAGGAGAGCUGGUUUUGCUUAUCGUCGUCGCUUUGAAGCCUUCCUACAGAGGUAUAAGCCCCUGUGUCCUGAGACGUGGCCCAAUUGGCAUGGCAGACUCGUAGACGGUGUGUCGACACUGGUCAACCACUUGGGCUACAAAGCAGAAGAGUACAAACUGGGCAGAUCAAAAAUCUUCAUCCGUUUCCCAAAAACUCUCUUCACCACUGAAGAUGCUCUAGAAGCAAAAAAGCCAGAGAUCGCAUUGACCCUGCAGACAUCAUGGAGAGGCUACAGGGAGAGAGCCAAGUACCAACGCAUCAGACGCGCAGUGAUAGUGAUCCAGUCGGGGUGGCGAGGGAUGAAAGCACGCAGGAGAGCUAAAAGGCGUCGUCAGGCUGCUGAAUUAAUACGCAGGUUCAUAAAAGGCUUCAUCUACCGUCAUGAGGAAUACUGUCCUGAGAAUGAGUAUUUCUUGGAUCAUGUACGCUACUCCUUCCUGAAGAACCUGCGACAAAACCUGCCCAAGAGCGUUUUGGACAAAAGCUGGCCGACACCUCCUCCCUCUCUGGUUGAGGCCUCUGAGCACCUACGCAGGCUGCACAUGCGGAACAUGGUCAUCAAGUAUUGCAGGAGGGUGCAGCCUGAAUGGAAGAAGCAGAUGAUGCAGAAGGUUGUAGCCAGCGAGAUCUUCAAGGACCAGAAAGACAGUUAUCCACUGAGUGUUGGAAGGCUGUUUUUGGACUCCAGGCUUGAACGGGAGCAAAUCAAUCUCAAGGUCAUCCAGACUCUUGGCAGUGACAAAGUGCAGUAUGGUGUUUCAGUCAUAAAGUACGACAGGAGGGGUUUCAAGCCUCGCCCUCGCCAGCUGCUGCUCACUAACACCUUUGCUGUGCUGGUGGACAGGACAAAGAUCAAGCAGAGGAUUGACUACGCAGCUCUGAGAGGUAUCUCUGUCGGCUCUCUCAGCGAUGGGAUGUUUGUUCUCCACAUGCCCACUGAGGACAAUAAACAGAAGGGCGACGCGGUGCUGCACUGCAGCCAUGUGAUCGAGGUGGUGACAAAACUAGCCAUGAUGGCCAACAAGACCAGCUACGUCAACAUCAACCCGGGCAGCAUUCGAUUCACUGUGGCUCGAGGCAAGGAAGGAAUAAUUGAUUUCAUCAGGGGUUCAGAGCUGAAGGUGGCCAAAGGCAAACGAGGACAUCUGCUAGUGACCGCCCCACGGAUCAACGCCACAUGAAGAAACAGAAAACAGCAACCAGAUAGACAGUAAUCCUUUUAGCUAAAUGGAGGAUUGCUGCUCAGAAGUUUGUCAUUUGGUAGUUUGCAGCUGACAGAAUCAUACCACAGCCACAUACAGGAAAUGCUCAACAGAAGCAAGAUUCAUUAUUGAUUUGUAUACUGUACAUCUGCAUAUAACACAAAUGUCUUCAAUGUUGCAGUAACUAUUUAUAACCAAGGACAAAAACUCAAAACAUGAAGCCUUCACAGUUCCAAAUUCUUCAUCUCUUUAUUGUAAAACAUACACAACAAUAUUUAUCUGUCAAUAUAAAAUGUCUUCUGUAAAACACUGUAUCUCUCUAUUGCAAGAGAACUAAAACAAACCACUCUGAUAUAAAUAGCAAAUAGCAUGAUAAAUAAAUAUUUCAAUAAAUAGUACAUAUAUCUUUGGAAAGUCCAGUAGAUUGAGGGCGUGGGUGGGGAAAAAGAGGAUGUUGGCAAGUAUUCUCUGCUUUUUCUAACUUACAGUCAGAGCUAAGACAGAAACUCUGGGAAAUACCCAAGAAAACCCUCAAAUAUACAGUAAUACAACAUGUAAAAAAAACAGCAGACUCACUAAACUGAAAACCUUCAUGGAAAGUGUUGACAACACCACUAAAGCACUGAUUAAACAGUUAUUCUACAUUUCUCUCCAA